GCGGCCGGGAGCGGAGCGCGCCCACAGUCUGGGGGUCUCGGCAGCAGCUUCGACUCCAGGGACGACCAGGAGCUGUACGCGCGGCUCAUGUCCGAGCGGCAGAGGAUCCAGCGGCAGCACGAGGAGCGCAAGAGGCAGAAGGCCGUGAGGGUGAAGCAGGCCAAGCCGGCGGUGAGCCUCGAGGAGCGCGAGCGCGGGUUCCAGCUCUACAUCUCCGGCGCCAACGAGGAGCGGGCGGCGGAGGAGGCGCGGAGGCUGCGGCAAGCACGACGCCGCCCUUCUGGUGGCCUCCCGGGUGCUGGCGGCGGCGGUGCCGACGCAGCCCAGAGCCAGUGGCAGAUGGCCACCGUGGAGUUCAAGGGGAAGGACGGGCAGGUGUACCGCUCGUCCCCCAACGGCUUCGGGGAGGGCGUCUGGAGUACUGGCUGCGCCGACGGCGGCGCCAGCGAGCAGAUCGAGGAGGAGGAGGAGGAAGAGCUCUCCGACGGCGGCUCCGAGGAGAUCUGCGAAGACAUCACGGACGGGGAUGUCGUCGUCGGUGGCGGUGGCGCUGCCGGGAGCCGACCUGGCACUGGCGGCGCUGCUGGGAGCCGACCUGGCACGGGCGCGAGCGUCUCCAGCCUCGACCAGGACACGCGGGGCGUGCUGCGCAUGAUGCACACGGCUGACAAGGAUCAGUUGGUGUCGUUGCGCGCGUGCCUGACUAAGCAUAUCGCUGGCAACGCUACCCCGAAAGGGUCCGCGGGCGCCGGCGGCGGCGGGGCCGCUCCGCCGGUGAGGGUGCUGAGACACCCGGGCAG